AUUGCUUUCGCCAUCCCUUCCCUUCUUGAAACCCCCCACCCCCAGAGCCAGCUAAGAAAGAGAGAAAAGGGCGCAAAAAUUUUUAAACCCUCCCAAAGUUAUGAUUCUCACGUCCCACCAGGAGGUCCGGAAACCCUUCCUUCAAUCCAACUCAACUCCAAAGAAUUCAGCCACUCUUCCUCAAAUUACCACCCCAGGGGAAGCCCCCAUGUUCUAAAGAUCCCAUUUGCCCCCCCUCUUUGGCCCACUCCCUACUAGCCUUCCCAUAAUACGCCUCCAUCGCCAGCCAUGACCGAGGUGCUUCGGUCCCCCUCCCACCUCCCUUCGUCUCCAAGUCGGCUUUCGCUUUCUUGGGACCCGAAUAAUGGUUCCCCGGGCCUUUCAAGCGGCUAUGGGGUCGAGGAGGAGGAGGAGAAGGUCCCUGGGGCGGUGGUAGAGAGGAAGAGGGAGAGCCGGAGGCGAGGCGAAGACGAGGCGUCGGCGGGGGCGGAGGAGCACCUGCCGGUGUUGGCGCUGCUGCUGGCGGUGGUGAGGAAGUCGCUGCUGGGGUGCAAGACGGAGGCCGCGGAGGAGCUCCGGGGAGCCAUGGAGAUCGGGCGGCCAACGGACGUGCGGCACGUCGCCCAUGUUACCUUCGACCGGUUCCAUGGCUUCCUCGGUUUGCCCAUCGAGUUCGAGCCCGAGGUUCCCCGGCGGCCACCCAGUGCCAGUGCAAGUGUGUUCGGUGUCUCUACUGUGUCUAUGCAAUGUUCCUAUGACUCUAGAGGGAACAGCAUUCCAACAAUACUCUUGCUAAUGCAAAAACGUCUCUAUGAGCAAGGCGGCCUUUGGGCUGAAGGGAUUUUCAGAAUCAAUGCUGAGAAUAGCCAAGAGGAGUAUGUCAGAGACCAGCUAAAUCAUGGAAUUGUACCAGAUGGUAUUGAUGUGCACUGCCUGGCAGGUUUAAUCAAGGCCUGGUUUAGAGAAUUGCCGGCUGGGCUGCUAGACUCUCUUUCACCUGAACAAGUGAUGCAAUGUCAGUCAGAAGAGGACUGUGCUGAACUUGCAAGACUUCUGCCACCAACAGAAGCUGGUCUACUGGAUUGGGCUAUUAUUUUGAUGGCUGAUGUUGUCCAAGAAGAACAGCAGAACAAGAUGAACGCACACAACGUUGCCAUGGUAUUUGCUCCAAACAUGACCCAGAUGGCAGAUCCUUUGACUGCACUGAUGCAUGCAGUGCAAGUGAUGAAUUUUCUCAAAACGUUGAUAUUAAAAACACUCAAGGAAAGACAAGAGUUCACUUUGGAGGAUUUUUCAGCCCCUCAUUUAGAUCCAUCCGAUGCAAAUGGUCAUCACAGCCUUCAGCUUCAUCUGGAGGGUUGCAGGGAAGAAGCUGCUGAGCAAGUUUUUGUUCCUGAAGAACCUGCUUUAGAUAGCCCCACCCAUCUUCCUGAAGAAAAUACCGCUGAUAGUUCUCAAACCUCCCACGACAAUGCUGUCUCAGAAGAAACCACAGUGCAUUCCACUGAUGAACUCUUUUGUGAGACUCCAGCACAUACUGAUGGUUCAACCACUGGCGCAGAAAUUGCUGCUAAUGGUUCUAACGCAGUUUGUGAACAUUCUCAUAGGAACAAGACAGGGCAGUCAAGCAGUUCCAAUCAUAAGAAAGGAACAAGAAAAGCUAAAGGGAACUCUGCCAUUCGAGGAACCUUGCUGACUGAGAAAUCAAGAGGGGCCAGCAUUGUGAGUCGUAUAAAUUCCAAGGUGGGGCGACUAGAAGCAUGGAGGUGAAAAAUGUUAAAGUGGGUCUGUUUUACAUGACUGACUUGUAUUUGACUAUAGUUUUUGAGUGAAGGGAUCAUGAAUUUGCUUUGAAUUUUUUUGCUUUCUGGUUGGCAUAUGUUUUCCUGUCUUGACACAUUCUAUGUUAGAAAACAACUUAUGUUUGAAUGAUUAAGAUCUACUUGGUUCUCUUGUAAA